AUGCACUUCUCCGCCCCUACCAUCGCCAUCAUGGCCCUCGCCGCCGGCGUCAACGCCGGCCGAAACGAGCCCCCCGUUCACGUCAAGGCCAUCAGACAACACCCCGGUGCCACCGGCGUCCAAACCGGCACACACCCCAUCAUGACCGGUGUUCCCGGCCGCAACGGUACCCAGCCCGGCAACGGCACUGUCAUUUCAUCCUCCGUUCUGCCCGGCGGUAGCUCCACCAUCCCCGUCCACGUCCCCAUCCGGACUCCAUCUAGCAGUGCCGGCGCUGGAGCUGCUGCUUCCAGCAGUGCCGGUGCUGGCGGUGCCUCGCCCUCUGGUGGCGCUGGUGCCGGUGGUGCCGGUACCGGCUCUGGAUCUGGUCAGGGCUCUGGCUCCGGCGCUGGUUCUGGUUCUGGCGCUGGUGCUGGCUCUGGCUCUGAAUCUGGCUCUGGGGCUGGUCAGGGAGAGGGCCAGGGCUCCGGUACUGGUGCUGCUGAGCCCAGCUCGACUGGAUUCAAUGCUUCCAGCCCGGGAUCUAAGGUCACUACCUCUAUCUUUGGUGCUGUGAUUGGCAGCGUUGUCUAUGGUACUGUUAUGCUUCUCGCAUAG